AUGAAGGACCAACACGAGACAGCCAUCUCGCCCGCAGCCAGCGACGACCUGCGGGUCGAGAGCACGAGCUCCCAGGAGCUGCGGGAGCAGAUCGAAAGGGCCACCCACGACCUCGAGAAGAUCGAGAAGGCCCACCAGUGGGACCCGAACCUGCCCCAAGAGAAGAUGGACUUGGUCCGCAAGGCCAUCAAGGAUGGAGAUGUUGGCGAGAUCCUUGCCGCCGACGAGUUGUUCUCCGAGGACUCGCCGUACGAGUCUGUCCGUGCCGCUGUCCGCAACACCGACGGCGGCGAGGUCGCCAACACGGUCCGCGCAUGGGUGUUGGGUAUGAUCUUUGUGACCAUCGGGUCGGGAUUGAACAUGUUUCUGAGUAUGAGGAGCCCGGCGAUCAACUUCCCAGGCAUCGUGAUCCAGCUGCUUGUCUACCCCUUUGGAUGUCUGUGGGCCAAAGUGAUGCCAACCCGGGUCUACACCACCUUCGGGGUCCAGUGGACCUUAAACACCGGUCCCUUCACCAUCAAGGAGCACGCUGUCGUCACACUCAUGUCCAAUGUGUGCAUCAGCUACGCCUACGCUACGGACGCUCUGCUGGCGCUGGCGGGAAAGCCGUUCUACAACGUCGAUAUGGGCUGGGGCUUCCAGCUAUUGUUCACGCUCAGUUCCCAACUCAUCGGUAUCGCCCUGGCCGGAAUGUUCCGCCGCUUCCUAGUCUGGCCGGCCGCUAUGAUCUGGCCUGGCCAGUUCGCAAUCACCUCGCUCUUCUAUGCGCUGCACGACAAGAGCAAGAGCGAUGGGUCAACGUCCAAUGGUUGGACGAUCAGUCGGUACCGCUGGUUUGUUUACGUGAUGUGUGGCAUGUUCAUUUACUACUGGAUCCCAGGCGUGCUCUGGCAAGGCCUAUCGGUCUUUGCGUUUGUCACAUGGAUCAAGCCCAACAACGUCGUUAUCAACCAGCUCUUUGGCGGCUUCACUGGCCUGUCGCUUAUACCGAUUACCUUUGACUGGACAUAUGUCUCUGCGUAUCUUCAGGAUCCACUUCUGUCGCCGGUGCACUCGCAUAUAAACACCCUGAUUGGGCUUUUCAUCUUUAUGAUAUUCACGACCAUCGGCAUCACUUACUCCAAAGCACUAUAUUCAGAGUACCUCCCCAUCAACACCUCGCAGACCUACGACAACACUCAGGGCUACUAUCAGCCCGCCAAGAUCCUCGGGCCGGGCUUUACCUUUGACCUUGAGAAGUACAAGAACUACUCGCCGCUCUUCCUCGCGCCGACACUGGCCCUCAACUACGGCCUCUCUUUCGCCGCGCUGACCGCCGCGCUCGUGCACAUCGGCCUCUACCACGGCAAGGAGGUCUGGUACCGCUUCCGCACCGCCCGCGACCAGGAGCCCGACGUGCACAUGCGCCUCGUCAAGAAGUACCAGGAGGCGCCCGACUGGUGGUACGUCGUCCUGCUCGUCCUCUCGCUGGGGCUCGGCAUCGCCACGGCCGAGGGCUACGACUCGCAGCUGCCCUGGUGGGCCUUCUUCGUCGCCAACAUCAUCGCCCUGCUCUUCGUCAUCCCGACCUGCAUGAUCCUCGCCGUCUCCAACAUCCAGCUCUCGCUCAACGUGCUCUCGCCCUUCCUCGCCGGCUUCAUGAUCCCGGGCAGGCCCAUCGGCGUCAUGAUGUUCAAGGUCUACAGCGUCAUCACGCUGGGCCAGGCGCAGGUCUACAGCGGCGACCUCAAGAUGGCGCACUACAUGAAGGUCCCGCCGCGCAUCACCUUCUGGUGCCAGGUCGUCGCCACCUGCUGGGCCGCCGUCGUCCAGGUCGCCACCAUGAACUGGACGCUGGGCAACAUCGAGAACGUCUGCGACAACAAGCAGGCCGCGCACUUCACCUGCCCCAACGGCCGCGCCUUCUUCUCCGCCUCCAUCGUCUGGGGGGUCAUCGGCCCGCAGCGCAUGUUCGGCCCGGGCAGCCUCUACGUCCACUUCCAGUACUUCUGGCUCGUGGGCGCCGCCCUGCCCGUCAUCUUCUACGCGCUGGUCAAGUGGGCCAGGUUCAAGCCGGCGCGCCACCUCAGCGCGCCCAUCAUGCUCGGCGCCAUGGGCUGGCUGCCGCCCGCCACGCCGCUCUCCUUCUCGAGCUGGGCCAUCGUCGGGCUCGUCUUCAACCACGGAAUUCGCCGGCGCUGGGGCGGCUGGUGGCACACGUACAACUACAUCACGGCCGCGGCGCUGGAUGCCGGCCUCAUCAUCAGCACCAUCAUCAUCUUCUUUGCCAUCACGCUGCCCAACGUGACGAUCCCGCAGUGGUGGGGGAAUGUCAAGGUUAUGGAGACGCUGGACGCUACCUACGAUGCCAUCCUAAAGCAUGUUGCUAAGGGCGAGACGUUCGGCCCAGCGACAUGGUAG